AUGUCGUGGGGUCGGUUCGAUUCGUGGAAGCAGCAGUACUACACCACGAGCGGGGUGGUGGUGGGAUACGCAGUGUGCUCCAGCCUCCUCGCCAUCAUCAACAAAUACGCCAUCACCAAAUUCAACUACCCAGGCCUCUUGACCGCGCUCCAGUACCUCACCUCAGCGCUCGGGGUCUACCUCCUCGGGAAGCUAGGGUUUCUCCACCACGACCCCUUCACCCUCCCCAUCGCCAAGAAAUUCUUCCCCGCUGCCCUCGUUUUCUAUCUCGCCAUCUUCACCAACACCAACCUCCUCCGCCACGCCAACGUCGACACCUUCAUCGUCUUCCGCUCCCUCACCCCUCUCCUCGUCGCCAUCGCUGACACCACCUUCCGCGCCCAGCCCUGCCCCUCCAACCUCACCUUCCUCUCCCUCCUCCUCAUCCUCGCCUCCGCCUUCGGCUACGUCGCCACAGACUCUGCCUUCACCCUCACCGCCUACUCCUGGGCCUUCGCCUACCUCAUCACCAUCACCACCGAGAUGGUUUACAUCAAACACAUGGUCAUGAACCUCGGCCUCAACACCUGGGGCUUUGUCUUCUACAAUAACCUCCUCUCCCUCAUGAUGGCCCCCUUCUUCUGGUUCCUCACCGGCGAGAACGUCCAGGUUCUCGCCGCCGUUAGAUCUGGCCUUUUUGACCCCGCCGCCUUCUACGCCGUCUCCUUGUCUUGCCUCUUUGGAUUGCUCAUCAGUUUCUUCGGCUUCGCCGCAAGAAGGGCCGUUUCCGCCACGGCAUUCACCGUCACUGGUGUGGUCAAUAAGUUCCUCACCGUUGCGAUCAAUGUCCUCAUUUGGGAUAAGCAUGCUAGCCCUGCUGGGUUGGUUUGUUUGCUUUUCACCAUUGCCGGGGGUGUUCUUUAUCAGCAGUCCGUGACUGGGCCUGGGAGUGCUCCGACCCAGCCCAAGCAGUUGGAUAUUGAAAGCAACAAAGGUGGUGGCAUUGGCGGCGGUGAUGAUGACUUGGCAGGUGAGAGUGAAGGGAUGGUUAAACUUAUCUCUAGAUGA